UAUGCCAUGCUGUCACACAGGUGGGAAGGGAAGGAGCCAUCGCUGCAGGAUAUCCAAGACAAGGUCUUGUACGAGCUGGAUCCAGUUGGCGGCAUGGUGAAGUUUGCAAUCAUUCUGCAAAAUUGCUCGCCGCGCGGGGUAUCGCUGGGCGUGGAGCGAUACAUGCUGCAUCGACAAGAGCGACAGUGUCGAGCACCAAAAAACAAUCAACUCCAUGUUUGCUUUAUAUCAACACUCAGCGCUCACCAUCAUCUACCUUUCAGAUGUCCCACCCUCAUCAAAGUCCGGCGCAUUGGCAAAUAGCGCUUGGAAUACACGCGGAUGGACAGCUCAAGAACUCCUCGCUUCUAAAGUCAUUCUCUUUUUUCAGAAGGAUUGGAGUCUAUACCUCGACGAUCAUUCUCCCAACCACAAGGAGUCCAUUGCGGUCAUGCAGGAGUUGGAGUAUGCGACGGGCAUAGACCGACAGGCCAUUUUAGCCUUCCGUCCCGGGAUGAAAUGUGCCAGAGAGAUAUUCCAAUGGGCUUCGAUACGUGUCACAACAUUGCAGGAAGACACCGCUUACUCACUAUCCGGCGUCUUCGGCGUCCGCCUACGUGUGGAUUAUGGUGAAAAGAAGCAGUGCGCGCUUGGGCGGCUUCUGCGGAAGGUCAUAACUCAGUCGGGCGAUAUCACCGCCCUAGACUGGGUUGGGAAACCAUCAGAGUUCAAUAGCUGUCUACCAGCCGAUAUCCUUUCGUACAAAGCUCCUCCAUGCAAGCUGCCAUUUCUAUCAGAAGAAGACAUUCAGUCAUCGGUCUCUUCACUGCGGGGUGCAGUGUCUCUAGAGUCGGCUUCGAGGUUGUAUCAUACACUUGACUGCCUGAGCGCUCCACGAUUCGUGCACCGCCGGUUGAAUCUGCCUUACAUUGUGUUCCCUGUCACAGAAGUCAGGUGUAAGCCUGGCCAAAACAAGGAGAUUCAUUUCACGUACGCAGUCAAGGCAGAUGAGCUUCAUGACCUGGACAUAAUCACGGAAAACAAGCUGCCUCAAUUCUCCCGAGCAACGCCGCUGCCAGCUUGGCGGACGUUCUUGCUUGUGCGCACAUGGACCCGUCAUCUCCUUGAGCUUCCUGACCCCGCGGACGAUACAGAGAGCGUGGAAGAUUGGUCCGUGUCCGAAUCUACGCUACUUCCUUCGGAAAAUGAGCCCGUUGAUUCGGAGUCUCACUCCCGAGCAUUGCGAUUGAUGGUUCGCCUUGGACAGCCGUUUGGUGCAUUUUUGCUUGCGCGGCAGCGCGACAGAGCAUACAAGAGAAUCGCGUCAGAUCGUAAUAUAAUCGCUCACGUCAAAGACAUGGCGGCCGUUGACGGUAUGAUGGACAUCAAGACGCUAGAGAUAAUGUAACUGCACGUAUUAAUUUUAAUUUGACAGAAAUCUUCGAGAAACAGUACCUGUAUACAUAAAUCCUUCAUACUAUUUGCAUUGCACAUUAACUCACAACAGAACCACCCAAAAUCUGUAUCCCCUAACCGAUAAAUUUUAGUUUGUUUUGCGACAUA